AUGGCAGAGGGUGUGAUUCUUUUAGCCGUGACGAAGAUUGGCAUUGCUUUGGGAAAUGAAGUGAUAAAUAAAGCUGGUCCGCUGUUCAGAAACGUCAAAGCACAGGUAGCAGAACUCCAAGGUGGAAUGAGCCGUAUAAGUUGCGAGCUUAGGCUGAUGCAUGAGUUUCUUUGUACAAUGGAUGUACGCAAUCGGAAGGACCAGGCAUAUGGAGUUUGGAUGGAGGAAGUGCGGAAAGUAGCACACCGGAUUGAGGACAUAGUAGAUGAGUAUCUACACCUGGUAGGGAAGAGACAUGAAAUUGGAUGGAGGUUUUAUCUCAUGAAAGGAUUCAAGCAACCAGAAGAUUUGCUUUCUCUAACCCAGAUAGUCUCCCAGAUAAAGGAAGCAGAGACCAGUCUUGUGCACCUAUUCAAAGCAAGAGAACGAUGGGUUCCAAUGGCAAACAACGGCCCUGCUGAUAACUCUGCCUAUAUUGUUGAGAGGUCCCAACAUCUUGCAAGCACUUCUCGUUCUAUCAGUGAAGAUCUUGUGGGGGUCGAGGAAAACAGAAAGAAACUACAGAAGUGGCUAGGGGAUCAUGUGAAGGAACGCUCUAUAGUAGUACUGUAUGGCAUGGGAGGCCUUGGCAAAACUGCUCUAGCUGCAAAUGUGUAUAAUGAGAAGAGAGAAAAGUAUGACUGCCAUGCAUGGGUGUCUGUCUCACAAACAUAUUCUCCAAUAGAGCUCUUGAGGAAACUAUUUAAGGAACUUCACCGUGAUGGGGAAACUGCUCCUUCCGAGAUCACUACAAUGGACUUGAUCAAUAUAAAAGGUAAACUCAGCAAGUUUCUAGAGCAGAAGAGAUACCUGAUUGUGCUGGACGAUGUCUGGAAACAAGAAGCAUUCAGUGAUUUGUUAGGAGAACUUGCCCCAAAUACUAAAGGAAGCAGAAUAGUCAUUACGACGCGCAAUGACGAUAUAGCUCGGCUGGCGUCCAAAGGACGUGCACUAAAAAGUGAAUGCUUGCCAGAUGACAAGGCAUGGUUACUCUUCCGUAGGAAAGCUUUUCGGAGGGAGGAAGAUUAUGAAUGCCCUACAGAGCUGAAGGGCUACUCAGAGCAGAUAGUGGCCAAGUGUAAGGGCUACUCAGAGUAG